AUGAAACGCAAAGCGUCUUCAAGUCAUAAAACGAAAAGAACGAAAGUCUCCGAAGACGAGUUUUCAGAAAAAUCAAACGGCGAUUGUACUGAUUUGAAGAAAAAAGAAAAUGAACUUCAAAAAAAGAUUUCAUUUGUUUGGCUCGAUGCGAAUAUCAAAGAAAAUGAGCGAAUUCAGACAAGUAUAAGACGAUUGAAAUUAAUCGCACGAUGCGCUCUUGCAACAGAUAACUACGAUGAAUAUGAACAAUGUAAUGUUAUUGUUUUUUUAAAAGGUGGCAUCAACAACUUUCAGUUUAUUCUCAUCGAUAUAACGAAACAUUUAAAUAAAUGCGCUUUUGAUAUGUUAACAACUCUGAUCGCAAUGGUAGCAAAUGCGAUCUUCAUCUAUGAUGAUAAUUCAACUACUGAUUUUGAUCAGCUGCCUGAUAAACCCACGUUUCUCAUUAUUAGCAGUUCUGUCGCUGCUAAAAUGAAAAAUAAACCUCAACAAACAAAAGCGACUUUUAUUUUAGAAGAAGAUAAAAACAAAGUCGAUUAUCGAGAACGAUUCGGAAAUGGCGAAGAUCUAAUUUUUGAACUAGCUGACGUAGUUUAUCAAUGUUACAAAAAAGAAGCAAAUCAAUGUUCAUUAUCUGGUGAUAUGAAGACGGCGAAAAUUAAAGAAGAGCAAGCGAAACAAGUUCAUAGUAAUUUGAAAAGGGCAUAUAUUUCAACAUCAGACAAUAACAGAAUUAUUCAAGGUCGGAAAUAA